CCGGAGAACCUAAGCGGACAACACUUCGGGCUCGACGUGAACGAGAUGUUGGCGGCCGGGGGUAUCCGUAGCGGCACCGGUGGGUCGCAAGUGGUGAACGCCGGCGACCGGUUCGCCGUACGACUCGACUGUCAACACUUCACGCCGGAAGAGAUUACCGUCAAAGUGGUCGACCAUCAGCUCGUCAUUCACGGCAAGCACGAGGAGCGCACCGACAGUCACGGAUGGGUUCAACGAGAAUUUACGCGCCGGUAUGUAUUGCCCGAUGGUUGCGAACCCGAAAAAGUGGUGUCCAGUUUGGAUGCGAAGGGCAUACUGUCCAUAGAGGCGCCCAAAAAGGCUUUGCCCCCACCGGACAACAACGAGCGUGUUGUUCCCAUUGCUAUUAAAAAAUGAACAUGAUCAUGUUGACCUCGAGCAGAGUGAUACUUGACAGGCAAAGUUAUUAUUUUAUCAUAUUUAUUAAUUACAGUACAUAAUAAAAAUUGUAUUUAUGGUACAGUAUAUCAAUAUAUAAAUUAUGUUUUUUCUAAAUUAGUGCUUACAGUUAGUAUAAUAAUUACUUUGAAUUAAUUUUAAUUAACCUCGAAAAUUUAUAUUUCAG